AACCCCUCCCUCUCAUGCUGUGCUCACAGGGUUGCAGGCAGGCAGGAAGAAGAAAGUCUUUAGCUCGCAGCGACGCGGCGGACCGACAUGACCGAGGCGGACUUAUACUUCCUGUACCGGGGGGUCUACGUACCGAAACUGAUCCACACCGAGGCGAGCCUGGACUACUUCCAGAACUUUACCUUCCGCCCUCAGGAUGUUCUGAUUGUCACCUAUCCGAAAUCAGGUACGACUUGGAUGCAGGAGGUGGUCCCUCUGAUCGUCAGUGGGGGGGACCCCGCCUCUGUGGAGACCAUUCCCAACUGGGACCGGGUUCCAUGGCUGGAGGAGGUCCGAGCUUCCACACUGAACCUGGAGGGGAGGCCGUCUCCACGCAUGCUCACCACUCACUUCCACUACAGCAUGAUGCCCCCGUCCUUCUUCAAGGCUAAACCAAAGGUGAUCUACGUCAUGAGAAACCCUAAAGACGUCUUUACAUCCAUCUUCCAUUAUUCCAAGAUGGCCUCCUUCCUGGUGACUCCUGACUCUCAGUCCGAGUUCCUCCAAAAGUUCCUUGAUGGAAAAGUUAUCUUUGGAUCCUGGUUCGAUCACGUAAGCGGGUGGCUGAACGCUGAUGACAAGGACAGGAUCAUGUACAUCUCCUAUGAGGAGAUGAUUAUGGACCUGAAGGAAUCGGUGGCGAGAAUCUCUCAGUUCCUGGAAAAGACUUUGGAUGACGAGGUGAUCAGCAAAAUAGCAGACCGAUGUCUGUUCAAGAACAUGAAACAGAACAACAUGUCCAACUAUUCGGCUGUUCCUCCCGAGGUUAUGGACCCGACCAAGUCUCAGUUCCUCAGGAAAGGAAUAUCAGGAGACUGGAAAAACCAGCUGACAGCAGCAGAAGCUGAUCACUUUGAUGCCGUUUACAGGGACAAAAUCAAAGAUGUUCAACAUAAAUUUGUUUGGGAUUAAAGCCGCUGCUCUUCCCUAAUGCAGGAAAACAUCCACCAUAGACUCAAAGGGCUGACGUAAUGUCCUUCUGGUUAUUGUGUAACCCUUGUGCUAUCCUAGGCACUUUAACAGGUUGCUUUAACCUGAGCACUUUAACAUCCCGACUACAUUGGGAGUUGGGUCAUCUAGACCCACUAGACAGUGCUCUGAACCUUUUUUCUUCAAUGAUUUAUGAUCUUCACUGGUGUCCAUGGAUUACAUGAAAUCUUUCCACCUUUAUCCACCUUUGUCAUGGUAGGGAGAACACGUCAAUGUAAGGGUGGGGUCAUCUAAGAUAGCACAAGACGUUUUGACAGAAAAACAGCCACACUUCGGUGAUCUGAAGCAAAAGGAAGCUUUUCUUAAUAUUUCUGCAAAGUUUUCUCUGAUGUCAGGAAGCGUGCUCUUCAUCUGCACAUCUUUGCACAUGUGUACGUUUGACACAACAGGAGGAAGUUGGGAGUUUGUGUGUUUUGAAUGUGACCAUAGUGGAAAUGGAAGAGAAGUUCAAAGUGAGUGAACAUCAGCUUACUGCAGCAAGAGAAAACUUAUCAUUUUUGACAUCAGAUGACAUCUGAUGUUAUUCCCAUUUAUUAACCUGCAGUCAAGAUGCACAUUGCAGCAUUGACUGCAUGGAUAUGAAGUGAAUCCAAGGCUAGAUGUUGUUGGCACGUAUUAGCCUAAUGCUAACCCUUCUCCUGAACCAUGUGAUUUUUUUUAUUUUCAUCGAGACAAUAACUAUAAUUCAGGUCCCUUGGUUUCAUUUUUCCCUCUCUGGUUAACGCGGGGCAGCAAGCUUUCAAACUCAGUCAGAGAGAUGGAAACACCAUCAUCAGGGGAGCUGAAGCCGAGACUCUGGGAGAAUCUAUGAAUGAUCUCAUGAACUCAAACAUGGAGACAAGAAUACCAUGUGGAACUCUUCAAAAUAAAUAAACCUUAUCUCUCAACA